UGGUUGAUCUUUGGCGCAGGCAAGUUCUACCGGAGCAGGAACUCUUCGAUUUCGCGGUUUGCUGCUUUGGAGGUUUUAGGAUUUGGACUUGGAGUCGGCUCGUCAGAUUUUAUUUUAAUAUCAAAGUCUAAUCGUGACCACGGUAUAAUGAAGCUGGUGAAGAAUUAGGUCCAUUUUGUAGUGAUCGGUUAUUAGUGUUUGUUUAGUGUAGUUACAUUUACUGGAUUAGGAAACAUUGUUCAGAAGAAGGCCUACAUUCUAGUUCGUUCGAGUGGCAGCAAGUGUUUGCCCAAGUGCUUCAGAUAUGGGGUCCGAGACCCGAAUUCUCGGCGGAAGUCUCCUCGCAGUCGCAGUACUGUCGACACUCAUUAUCGGAAUACAGUCCACCAAGUCACAGCACCCCCACGAUGUGGAUUUGGUGUUCGACGAUAUCUCGUCGCCAAUUGCGAGCAAGGUCGUCAUCGGUGGUGAACAGCGGCCUCAAUCGCAGUCCUCGUCGGUGAGUAAACGAAGUGCCGACCGCCACAACGUCGAGGAGGAAAGCCUCUUCGAUUUGAGUGGCUUCGAUAACAACAAUGUUGCGUUGGCCGACGACGACGCGGACGAGGACGAAAACGACGACGAAGACGACUUCGGAGAAGCUGACGCCCUGGCAGAGGCCGCAGAACCAGAAGCUGAAAGUCCGAAUUGGCUGGUGCGAAGUGUUCACAGAAUUAAGCGUAGCAUAGAUAAUCUAUUAAGUGGGCCUGACAAGACCGUGAAACCCGCCAAAAACAACAACAAAAAGAAGAAAAAGAAUCCGAAGAAACCACUUAACGGUAGUAAAAAGGCAAGAAUCGAAGGAGAUUUAAACGCUGGCAAGAAGAGCGCCAAGAAGAGCCAAUUGAGUGAGAAACGGAAAGGUGAAAAUUUGAAAAAAUCGACACGCACCGAAAAGAACAAACGAAAGCAAAACGCCGACGCGCUUCGACUGAAGCGACAGUUCGACGAAUCUGCGUACGACGAUGAGGACAGAAUGUCUGGCUCGGGUGGAUUGCCGGAUCGUGGGUUCGAGAAUGCUUAUAAGCUGACAUUGACGGUAUUCGAGCCCUACGAUCCAGAGUUCGAAAACAAGGAGAGCAACCAAUUCAAACAGGUCGCUAAGACUGUGGCGGAAAAAUUACAUGCUCUGCUGAGCGACUUGGACUUGAGUGCGGACUUUAUCAUCACGGUGCAAGAACUAGAGCGAAACUCAGACGAUACGCGCGAAACUUUCGUCACGUUUGAAAUCAACGUGGACAAGAGCCUGUCGAGGAACUCCAUUGAUAAUCACCUGCGUUUGGCCAUCGAGCACGGUUACGAGAACUUCGACAUGAAGGGAUACAGUCUCACCGCGGAAGGCACAUUGGACGAGGACUACGGUGAAAUUGAUACAGAUUACCCCGAUCCAGGUCCUGAUAAGCCUCUUGAUGCUUUUCCCGAAGAACCUUUCAUUAGUGAAAAACCAUACACGGUAUCGACUACCGAAGACGAAGUCGUGCAUCAUAUGCCUGUCAUUCCCGAUCAGGACGAAGACAACGAAAUCGAUGAUCCAAUAAAGGAAGCUGUAACGGAACUUUACGUUGAAACAUCAAGCCAACAACCCCUCUAUGCAGUAGAUAACUGCCGUGGAGAUGAUAAGUUCCGAUGCGGCAAAACGAACGUAUUCAUAUGUGAAGUUCAAAAAUGCGAUGGACACACCGAUUGUCCCAACGGCGAGGAUGAGGAUCCAAAAGAUUGUUUCAUCUGCAACGACGAGGAGUUCAGCUGUGAUAACAACAAUAAAUGUAUCCACAAAUCACAAAAAUGUGACGAUGUUCGGGAUUGCGAUGAUGGCACUGAUGAACUGAACUGUUCUACAGAGGCUCCUAUAUCAGAAGAACCAAAUUCGCAAGAGCAACUAUUGGAUGACCUGGAACCAGAAUUUGAUGCCCCUCUUCAAAAUGUUACGCUAUCGAUUGGUCAAGAUGCUGCAUUAACCUGUUCGGUAGCAAAUGUAGGGUUCCACAAAAUUGCUUGGUUGAAAUCGUCAAACCAAAUGGUUUUGACCCUUGGUGGACUCACGGUAACAAACGAUGCACGAAUCAGUGUGGAGCAGCCUCAUGAGGGAAAGGAAAUUUUGCGAAUUCGGCACCUUGGCCAAUCGGAUCAAGACUGUUACACGUGUAUGAUCAAUACCACUCCCUCAAAGGCGCAAACUGCAUGCAUUGUUGUUCGGGACUGCACUGAUGAGGAGUUCACGUGCCAAGAUGGAAGUUGUAUUCCUAUAGAAAACCAAUGUGAUGGCCAUAAGGAUUGCGACCAGGGCGAAGAUGAGCUUGAGUGUCUAAAACAAGAAUGUGCAUCAACUGAGUUCCAAUGCAACAAUGGCCAUUGCAUUUCGAAAGACAAUGUAUGCGACGGAAUCAAACAUUGUCCAGACGAAGAAGACGAGGAUUGUGAAUUCGAAGGCGACGAAUGUGGUGAUCACCAAUUUAAAUGCGUAUCGGAUGAGUUUUGCAUCCCGAUACAAUAUCGAUGUAACAGACGACUGGACUGUUAUGAUGGGUCAGACGAAAAAGGUUGCGAAAUAUGUAACACAGACGACUUCCACUGCGACAAUGGCUAUUGCAUUCCCAUGAGUCAACGCUGUGACAAAUUUCACCAGUGCAGCGAUGGCAGUGACGAAAAGGGUUGUAGAACUGAAACAUGUAGCACUAAUGAGUUUACCUGCCUCAAUGGAGAAUGCAUCGAUAGUCAGGAUUACUGCAAUGGCCGCAUAGACUGUGCGGAUGGUUCCGAUGAAAGCGGCUGCUCCCGGAAAUGUGAUGAUCGUUAUGAGUUUACUUGCUCGAACGGCGCUUGCAUUCCCAAGUCGAACCAGUGCAAUGAUUAUAAUGACUGUCCAGACGGUAGUGACGAGACGAAUUGCGACGAUAAUUCUCUUUUAAAAUCAUUGGAUCACAACCAUCACAAUCGUGCUAGCGCUUCUCACCAUCAUCACGGGCAACAUCAACCGAGUUUUAGCAACAAUCGCUGUGGACGCGACAAUUUCCAGUGUCACGAUGGAAUCUGCAUAGCGGGCUACAAAAAGUGCAAUGGAAUUGUUGACUGUCACGACCAAUCCGACGAGCUCGAUUGUCCAUACGCAAACGAAGAUGACGAGGAAAGCUGCGAGACUAAUGAAUUUUUCUGUGACGGUAGAUGUUUAGACAACACUUUCCGUUGUGACGGAAGAAUUGAUUGUCACAAUGCAGAAGAUGAGGAAGACUGUGAUGUUGCUGACGAAUGUAGUGAUACCGAAUUCGCAUGUGAUGGUAUAUGUCUAGCUAAGGAAGCUUAUUGUAACGGUUCUCCGGAUUGUGAGGACGGAACCGACGAAAAUAACUGUAUCAUAUGUCAAGCCGGAGCCUUCCAUUGCAAGAGUAGAGAAUGCAUUCCGUUGAGUAAACGUUGCGAUGGAGCUAUGGACUGUAACGAUAAUAGUGACGAACUCGAUUGUAACGCCAAUUCAUCCAACGGCACAAGCGGGUGCAACCCCGAACAGUUUCAGUGUGACAAUGGCUUCUGUAUAAAUAACGAAUUCCGCUGUGACGAUCACGUCGAUUGUGCAGACAGAUCGGACGAGAUCGGCUGUGCAACCGGUAUACGUUGUUCGAUCGAUCAGUUUAGCUGCUCUGAUGGUACUUGUAUCGACGUAGAUCGACGCUGCGAUAGGCGUCGGGACUGUCAUGAUGGAAGUGACGAAGCUGAUUGCGAAGCUUACUACCCUCCCGUUGAACGUUGCUCGGGAAGACACGAAUGCCCAGACGGUACCUGUAUCGAUCGUUCGCAACUCUGCGAUGGUGCCAGGGACUGUCGCGAUGGAUCCGAUGAAUACAAUUGCCCGUGCCGAUCAUCAGAGUUCACCUGUGGCGAUGGGCAAUGUAUUCCCAACUACCUUGUAUGCAACAAACAUCCAGAUUGCCGAGAUCAAUCGGAUGAGAGAAAUUGUACUUGCUCCAGGGGAGAGUUCCGGUGUAACACCGGAGAGUGUAUUCCUGCUUCUCGAAGAUGCGAUUUAAGAGUGGACUGUCAUGACGGAUCAGAUGAGAAUGACUGCAAACGGAAAUGUCGCAAUCACGAGUGGACGUGUAAUGAUGGUUCUUGUAUUCAAUCACGACAACGCUGUGAUCGACGUUAUGAUUGCUCAGACCGUAGUGAUGAACUUGAUUGCCAUAGUGACAGAUGCGAUCGUAACAUGUUCAGGUGUGAGAAUGGUCCUUGUAUUCCACAAUCUCUCAGGUGCAACAGAGUAGUCGACUGCCCGUAUGAUACAAGCGAUGAAUUAGAUUGUUUUGAGCACACACCACCAAGCGAAGAGCACCGAAGGCUGGACCUGCGUACAUAUCCAGAUGAACAGACCAUUAAAGAAAGACAGAUAAUUGAGGGUCGUGAAGUGGUCUUCCAGUGUCGUGACGAAGGUCUCAUUCGUGCCAAAGUCAGAUGGACACGCGAAAACGGGAUGCCCCUACCACCAGGAUCGCGAGAUUUGAACGGUCGAUUGGAAAUUCCCAACAUUCGGUAUGACCACAAAGGAAACUACGUUUGUGAGGCAGUUGGAUAUCCGAAAUCGACACCAGGCAGCAGUAAAACGGUUCGUUUGGAGGUGGAACGUUACUCUCCUGCGCAACGUCCUCCUUCAGCAUGUUCCGUCGCUCAGGCAACGUGUAGGAAUGGUGACUGUAUUGCAAAGUCUCAAAUAUGCGACGGAAACCACGACUGCCCGGACGGUUCGGACGAAACCGGAUGCAGUACGUCACAACGCUGCCAACCAAACGAGUUCAAAUGUCGUAACAGCAAAUGCAUUUUUAAAACGUGGCGCUGUGAUGGCGAAACUGACUGUGAAGAUGGCUCUGAUGAGGAAAACUGUGCUACCUUACCUCCGGAUGCCGCCUGUCGGUAUGACGAGUUCCAGUGUAGAAGCGGUCAAUGUAUUCCGAAGUCGUUCCAAUGUGAUACUCACCCCGACUGUAUCGAUGGGUCGGACGAAGUAGGCUGCAUGAAACCAUCGGUUAUCCAACCACCUCCUCCAUCUAAAAAUAUAAUUGCUGGAGGAAUUUUGAACAUUACAUGUCGCGCCACUGGUAUUCCAAUUCCGCUUAUUGUGUGGCGUCUCAAUUGGGGACACGUCCCUGAAAAGUGCCACUCCGUCAGUGAUAAUGGUUUUGGAGUACUCACUUGUAACGACAUGCAGCAGAUUGAUUCUGGCGCUUAUUCGUGCGAAAUCAUUAACUCAAUGGGAACACAUUUUGUAUCACCUGAUACCAUUGUUACUGUUACGGGAAAUGAUACUGUUUGUCACUCAGGAUUUUUCAACAGCAAGGCAAGGCACCCUACUGAGUGUAUCAAUUGCUUCUGUUUCGGAGUGUCUAAUCAAUGUCAGAGCGCAGAUUUGUACACAUACGCACUUCACCCACCGGUCACCUCUCUCACCAUUGUCGGCGUAGAAGGACCAUGGACCGGACAACGUCAAAUAACUGAAGGCGAAUUCAGCAAUCACGAUUUGGCUGUUACGAGACAUGGAGUACAAUUGAGACUGGCGAACAUUGUCCCUAGUAGACAAACCCCAUACUAUUCUCUACCCGUCGAUUACAAGGGCAAUCAACUUAAGUCGUACGGAGGUUCCAUUAGAUACACUGUAGAAUUCGACGGAACUGGUAGUCGAAAUACUGCUCCUGAUAUGAUCAUAAAAGGAAACGGUUUCACUCUGCUAUACAAUCACAAUGCUCCUUUCCAUCCGGAUGAAAGAAAUCAAGUUACAGCUGCUUUCUUACCUGGAGUUUGGCGCAAAGAAGACGGUACCAUGGCUAAUCGAGGAGACCUUAUGAUGGUGCUGGCGAAUGUUGAAAGUCUGCUAAUAAAGAUGCUGUACGUUGACGGAGUGGAACGAAAUAUUGAGUUACUAGACAUUUCAAUGGAUUCAGCAGCGAACCAGAAUCUUGGUCUGGGAUCUGCAACAUUAGUUGAAGAAUGUAGAUGUCCACCAGGAUACAGAGGACUAUCUUGCGAAAGUUGUGAUUACGGAUAUGUUCGACAAAGCAGUGGUCCUUGGCUGGGGCGUUGCGUAGCUCAAGAGCAGGAAUGUCGUCCUGGAUACUAUGGAGAUCCAAACCGAGGAAUUCCAUGUCAUCCGUGUCCAUGCCCGAUUAGUGGCGAUAAGUCCAGAGCUAGAACAUGUCAACUUGAUAGCCGUAAUAAUGUAGUCUGCAACUGUGAUCGAGGUUAUGCCGGUGACAGAUGCCAACAGUGUGCUCCAGGGUACGUCGGUAACCCAAUGGACGAAGGCUGCUUCCCGGCACCGGUAUCGCAUUGUAAUCCAGAAGGCACCCAACAAUCAUUAUCUGAUGGUCGAUGUGUCUGCAAGAAUGGUGUCACCGGACCCUACUGUGACCGCUGUAUGGCAGAUUAUUUCUUCAAGCACGACAAAGGAUGUGUUGAAUGCUUCUGUAUGGGAGUGUCGAGAACGUGUACCAGUACAAGCAUGUACAGGGAUACGAUUCAAGAAUCAUUCUAUGAUGGCCAUUCCAGUUUUUCACUCAUAUCAGACUACAUGAAUCCAGAAAUUAUUGAACAAAACAUAGAGGCCUCUAGCCGCGAGAUUGUGUAUAGAAACUUCGGCAAUAGCGAUGACACAUUCUACUGGAGACUUCCGUCAAAAUUCCUGGGGAAUAAACUAACGGCAUAUGGAGGCUUCCUGAACUACACGCUACGCUACAUACCUCACUCAUCAGGAGGAGCGUCGAGAAGCAGCUCGCCAGACGUUGUUCUCCACAGUGGUAACAAGAUAAAACUACAUCACUAUAGAAACGAUGGCAGUAUUUCACUCAUCAGUUCAAGCACGUACUCCGUUGCCGUUUUGGAGGACUUCUGGCAAAACUAUGAAGAUGGCAACAAAGCUUCGCGUCCUUAUUUACUGAUGGCGCUGGCCGAUGUGACAGACAUUUUUAUCAAGGCCACUUACAAUACCAUUUCGAGUGAGGCAGCUCUGUCCCAUGUUAGCUUAGAUACUGCGGCAGAUACAGACUACUAUGGCACAUCGACACGUGCCUGGCCCGUUGAGCAGUGCCAGUGCGCUGAAGGACACAUUGGCCUGUCCUGUGAAAGUUGUGCCCCCGGUUAUUACAAGGGUGAUGGUCUAUACCUUGGAUUGUGCGAAAAGUGCGAAUGUAACGAUCAUUCGGAUGAAUGUGAUCCAGUCACUGGAGCUUGCUUGAACUGUCGACACAACACGUACGGCAACAACUGCGAAUAUUGUCGAUCACCAUAUGUUGGUAAUGCUACUGGAGGAACUCCACAUGAUUGUAGUCUCGGCACAUCCGAACCUCAGUAUGAUUGCAAGCAUUGCGAUCUAAAGGGAUCUACAGGCAGGUGUGAUGGACAGUGCGAGUGUAAACGACUGGUCGAGGGAUAUCGCUGUGACCAAUGUCGGGAAGGAUCAUUUGAUUUAAACGCUAAUAAUCCAGAUGGAUGCCGGGAAUGCUUCUGUUCAGGAGUAACUAAAUCUUGCAGCAAAUCACGUUUGUUCCGAGAAGAUCUGCCCUUAUUCAUUUCCGGAGAAGAUGACUUUGCUAUCACAAAUCGUGAUGGUCAUGUAUUCAGUACUGACGGUUUUGAUGUAGCUCCGCAUAGGAAUGAAAUAAGCUACAACUUCAGAGACAGAAAUACUUACUAUUGGAGUAUGCCUCCACGACUACUAGGCAGUCAAAUUCUGUCGUAUGGAGCAAACUUUAGCAUCACACAAUCCACCGUUGGCUCAGAGCCAAUUCCUGACCAAGAUAUUAUUCUUAUAGGUAAUGGAUUGAAACUUUUCUGGUCUAGACCACACUAUGAAGAUGGGACAUACUCGGUUCCACUUUUGGAAAGUUAUUGGACUGUGCUCGGACCUAGAAGUCCUUACAAGGCCAGUCGUAACGAUCUGAUGACGGUGCUCUCGAACCUUGAUCAAAUUUUAGUUAGAGCGACAGUGCGCGACUACACAACCAAGUCAUCUAUUAGUGACAUUGCACUGGGAACCGCUGUGACAGCACACACUGACCAAGGACCUGCAGAUGAAGUUGAGUUGUGUCGUUGUCCACCAGGAUAUCGCGGAACCAGUUGCGAACUUUGUGAUGACCUAUUUUACAAAGAUGUCUAUGAUCAUUCGGCCGGUAUUCAUGGAGUGUGUAAGCCAUGUCCCUGCGAUAAUGCUAAGUCGUGUGAAAUGGACGGCCGAGGAAAUGUGAGGUGCAAUUGUCUUGAAAACUUCUAUGGCGAAUCCUGUGACAGCCGCAAAACACCUCUCACAAGUCCUCGCAAUACCACAGGUUAUAAAGUCAAUUGCACCGACUAUGCGAUUGUACUCUACAAUAAAAAUAACAGCUUCGAUCAGUAUCAGAUACGCGAUGACAAAGGCGUAGAAAUUGGAAUCAUAUAUAAGAUAAAGCGAUCACACACAGGACAUCCCGAUGGUGGAGCCCCACCUCCACGUCCAACACCAUCACCUAUUAUAGAAGUAGUAGUGGCUUCUCCGACUAUCCAAAUCGUAGAAGUCGGACGCAACUUGCGCCUAGGGUGUACUGCACGUUACACGGUUUCCAAGCAACCGAUUGAAGUACGAUGGGACAGGCAAAACGGACGAAUGCCCGACCGAGCUUACACUGAAAGGGGUGGCACGCUCAUAAUCACCAACGUUCAAAUCUCGGAUAGCGGCGUGUACGUAUGUCAAGCGGGAAGUGGUCCAGACACAGCUUACCAACAGGUUACAGUUACUGUCGAAGGCGGCUCACCACAACGUAAGCCAGAGGUAACAAUUUCGCCAGAUUAUAUUGAUCUCGAAGAAUAUCGUCCUGCUGAUGUAACCUGCACGGCGUCUGGAUUUCCAACACCAGUGAUAUCGUGGGAACGAAUGGAUGGCCACCCACUUUCCUCAAACGUGAUCAUAGAAUAUGGAUUGCUGCGCUUUAACUCGCUCCGCAAAUCUGAUGAGGGAACUUACCGUUGUUCUGCUCGCAACGAUAUUGGCGAAUCCGACAGAAUUCUUCAAGUAUACGUUCGUGAAUCACAGCCCCAGGUGCCUUCGUACGAAACAGUUCAAAUCAAUCCGGGUAACUAUGAAGGCCGAUCCGGAGAACAGAUUACGCUCACAUGUAUCUGCAAACCACAUGGCCAAAUUAAAUGGUCUAAAGCUGGAGAGCCGAGCCUACCUAGAAACAGCUAUGUCCAGAACGAACUGCUCAUCAUCGAUCAUGCCACGCUUGAUAAUUCUGGACGAUACACCUGUACUGCGAUCUUCCCUAGUGGCCGGGAACGAACAUCCUACGUUGACGUUAUGAUUUCUCCAAUGAGACCGGAUUUAACUACUCCUCGAGUGAAACCGCUUGAAAACAAACACUUGGUAACACAAGGUACCGAUUACACAAUUCCGUGUGAAGCCAGUGGAAAUCCUCAUCCUACAGUCAAAUGGACAUUGAGUGGUAAGCCAUUUGCUCCUAAUGUGCAACAAAACGGAAAUGUGUUGAGAAUUCUGAACGCACAACCAUCUAAUGGUGGCGUAUAUAUUUGUGUUGCUGAGAACAGCGAAGGCAUGGAUCGAUCGUAUACUGUGGUGGACAUUGAUCGUCGUGAAGCUCCAAUUCUGGAACUCUACCCAACCGAACCGCAAGUCAUAAAGGUGGGUGAGUCCACUCGUUUGUCAUGUCGUGCCACCGCCGGAGUUCCGUAUCCGACACUCACUUGGGUACGCAGAGAUCGACGACCGUUACCAUCUAGAAUUUCGCAGGACUACCCAGGCGUGAUAACGUUGCGUGAAGUUACGCUAGAAGACGCCGGUGAAUACGAAUGUAGAGCCGAGAACACUGCUGGUUCUACAUCUCUUACAGCAUCAGUCGAUGUUCAGUUAGCCCCCAUAAUUACAAUCUCCCCGGCAGUCGAUGAAUACAAACUGUAUGAGGGAGAUGAGUUGAGUAUACAGUGCACAGCAAAGGGCAAACCAGAGCCUACGGUUCGAAUAAAACCGCCUCAACAUCACGAAAUCGACAGCAGACAUUUAUCCCGCUUUGAAGGCCUGGGAUCAGCCAACAUUCACAUUUUCCAAGCCGAAACCAAACAUUCCGGAACAUAUGAAUGUUUAGCAUCUAGCUCUGCUGGUCAAGAUUCACGCUUUAUCACGAUUCAAGUUCAGGAGAAACGAGGAGACCUAGGUCCUCACGAUACUGAUAAAGACACUCAUCCCCGUCCACCUUAUCCUGGUCCGUCGUAUCCCAAUCCACCAUACCCUACGCGUCCGCAGCAGCACACCUAUAAAGCCAUCCUUGGUGAACGUUCAGAGCUUGUAUGUAACGAGGCUUCAAGAGGUGCCCGCACUGAAUGGAGACGUACAGAUGGCAGACGACUUCCAUCAGGAUCAUCGCUGCACGACGGUCAUCUAAUUAUCGAAAACACUGGCCAUGACGCUGCGGGAAUGUAUGACUGUAUUGCACACGAUAUUGUUUCAGAUCCCACCACUAUUGUGCAAAUUAUGCUGGAAGUCAUCGAGCCACCGCGCAUUACCUUCAGCCCAGUGAUGCCGAUGGUAGUGCGAUCUGGAGAGACGGUAAUAAUCAUUUGCAACGCUACUGGUGAACAGCCCAUCCAAGUCAGAUGGCACGGAGAGGACGGUCAAUAUCUGCCGGAGAGGAUACGAGUCCGCGGGCAGUACCUGCAGUUUACCCAAAUCACACAAGAUGAUGCUGGUCGGUACUACUGUUCUGCCACAAAUCGACACGGAAACGUUACCAAAGUAGCAGAAGUGAUUGUUAACAGAAACGAAAUGAUACCCGAAAUUCCACAGCGCGGUCGUAACCACGAGGUAACACGAGGAUCAUCAAUGAGUCUUGACUGCAGACCACCAGACAAUCAGUAUUUCCCAGACGUAAGGUACGAAUGGAGCCGUUCAGGUGGUCCUCUACCCUAUUAUGCUCGCCAUGACGAGAGAGUACUGCAACUACGUCAUAUCCGAGACGAAGAUGCCGGUCGAUAUGAGUGUCGUAUGACUUACCCGAACGGAUCGGUUGCGAUCGACUAUGUAGACGUGGCCGUUAGGGGUUCCGGAACAACCCGACUGAUUAAUGUUGAGUGCACCUACACUGAAUACAUCUGCGGGUCACCCAUAGUUGUGUCGAAAAACUGUGUCCCGGCCUGGAUCUGCGACGGCAUUCCGGAUUGUGCCAAUUUCUCCGAUGUGCACAACUGUCGCGUCAUGCGCCGAGGAAAGCUUAUUUACGAAAUCCCGGAACAAAGUCCCCGCGGUCAACGUCAAUCGCUCCGCCAUCGAUUACCGCCUCGAACUUCGGCCAUGGAUUCUCCUCUGACGCGACCUGCAACUAUGUUUUUCGCUCCCCAAUCAUUGCCAAUCCUUCGAUUGGAACCUACCGUGUCAUAUCUAAGUCCAGGUGAAUCAGCAGUCGUCGACUGCAGUUCGUCUGCCGGACCUCAUGUUCCAGUUUCAUGGGAAAGGAUGGGUGGCACACCAUUGCCUUACAAUUUCAGGCAAGAUGGAAACAGACUGAUCAUCCAGAAUGUCGCCGAAGGGGAUGCAGGAAAGUACACAUGCGUUUGCCGUACCGACGAUGGACUUCAGUACAUAUCUGAUUUUGAAUUACAAGUCAGCCCAAGUAGACAGCCAGAGACUUCGCGUAGUUCCAAAGUGGAAUAUGCUAGUCGUGGAUCAACGGUGAAGCUGCAAUGCAACACAGAUAUCCAUCAAACUUCGUUCCAAUGGUCACGCGAUCGAGGCUCGUUCAACGCUGAUCAAAACACCACAAUCCCAAUUCUAACACUAACAGAUGUCCAAGCAGCCGAUGCUGGAACAUACAUUUGCACUGCUCGCCACAAUGGUCACACGGUUGAUGUGCUAACUACGUUGGUAGUCAGUGGCGCUAUUCCUUUCUUCCCACAAUCCCCGAAAAGUUACAUGGCCUUCAACAAGAUCGAGAACACCUACUCCAAGUUUAACUUUGAGAUCUCAUUCAAACCUGAAAAACUAAAUGGCCUUAUUCUGCACAAUGGACAGCGAUCACCAAAUGGAGAUUAUAUUUCCCUAUCGUUGAGGAACGGAUUCCCACAGUUCAGGUUUGACUUCAACGGACAACAGGUAACGCUUCAGCCGGAGAAACCUAUCCACAUGGGUCAAUGGCACACAGUUAAGGUGAACCGGGUUAGAAAUAAUGGAUUUAUGCUGGUCGAUGAUCAAAGCCCUGUUGUCUUCCCUGAGAGACUGAAGUUCCACGGUUUGAAUUUGGACGACAAUUUGUACAUUGGAGGUGUUCCAAACUUUGGCGCCCUUCCUGCGUCCGCUGUAGAACAUAAGGAAGGUUUCGUAGGGUGCAUCAGUAGGUUGGUAAUCAACGGACGAGAAAUCCAACUGCACCAGGAGGCCAUCAUGAACGAAGGAACGACUUCAUGUGAAUCGUGCGCUGAUGAUCCAUGUUUGAAUGCGGGGAUUUGCUUGGAAACGCAAACCACAGUAGGAUAUUCGUGCGUGUGCCAAGAGGGCUUCACUGGAAAGGAUUGCAGCAUCGAGGGCCAGAAGUGUAUGCCGAGCACUUGCGGAAUAGGUCGCUGCGAAGAGACGGAAACUGGCGCUGAAUGCUACUGUCCAAUCCACAAGACUGGUGAUCGGUGUCAGUACACCGAACAUUACGCCGACGAUACACUGGCGUUCAAAGACGGUAGCUAUGCGGCUUACGACAAAUUCCAAACAAAGCGCAGCGCUAAAUUCCGCAUUAAGCCGGACUCAUUGAAUGAUGGUGUACUGUUGUAUGCGGCUGAAAACGAAAAAACUUAUGGGGACUUCAUAUCGCUCGCUCUCAAUGACGGUCAUGUCGAGCUUCGUUAUAGUGUUGCUGGAAAAAUACCACCAGUAACGUUGCGAUCGACGGUGCCGAUUGAAGUCAACCGUUGGCACGAAGUGUCGGCUGGCCGAAGUCGCGGUGGGUUGGCAUACCUUCAGGUUGAUGAAGAACCUCUGAUCAAUGAGCCGAAAACGGGAAGGGCAACCGCCAUAGCUCUCAAGUCGAAUGUCUACGUUGGUGGUUACGAUAAACGGAUACUGUUGAACCGUGCCGUGGGAGUAGAUCGAGGAUUCGAGGGAUGCGUGUCCGACCUUGAAAUAUCUGGAAAUGUUAUAAAUAUGAUUGAUGACAUCAAAGAAUCUGCUAAUCUGUAUAACUGUGGUCACCAGCAACAUACUGGUGGAGUCGACCAUGGUAAUGACGUAGAUAAUGAAAUCGAUCCAUGUAAACCGGGUUACGCGGGACCUCAUUGUGACAUUAUCAUAGACGUUUGUCUAGCGCAGAGACCAUGUGAGAAUGGAGGGCACUGUCGAACAAAGCAGGAUCCUACCAUGUAUACAUGCGAAUGCCAUUCGGGCUUCCUUGGAAGGAAUUGUGAACACGCUUACGCUACUAACAUCGGAUCACAGUUCAGUGGUGACGGAUUCUUGGAAAUUAAUCCACGAGCCAUCACUGACGGAGUCGACCAAUAUGGAACUAAGCUAGCAGUCAUGUUCAGCACUACGCACAACAAUGGAAUGCUCUUGUGGUACGGACAAAGGAAUGGAGACAACUUUGCUGGAGAAGAUUAUAUCUCUCUAUCAGUGCAUGAAGGAUACCUAGAAUUUGGAAUGCGACUGGAUGGAGAAGAAUCGACUUUACGAAACGAUGACGUAUUUGUGGCUGAUGGUGAACAGCAUAUUGCCGUAAUCACGCGAGAAGCCAACCGAAAUAGAUUAGAAGUCGAUCAAUUUUCGGCGCACGGAGAAACUCGACCCACAGGAAAGCAAGAAAUCCAUCUUCCUGGAAAUCUCUAUAUUGGUGGAGCCCCUCACCUGAGUCGUUUCACAGGAGAACGGUUUAAUGAGAGCUUCAAUGGAUGCGUCUAUGUGAUAGAAAAUCCAGACACUGCUCGAGCCGUGCCACUGGAGAACUUCGCUAUACGAACGGUUAAUGUUGACAUUUGUGAUGAAGUUGUAGACCUAGGCACUGAGCCACCGAUUGUUUAAGUUUUGUACAGGGUUACAAACCGAGCCACGUGUAGUCACAAUCUGCGAUACGAAUAAACUUCCUCGAUUGCUGUAACGGUACCCUCGUCUGAGACAACUCUAUCGUGAAAUCAACGUAGACAUUUGGACAAUGUUUCGAUCGUUUCGAGUACCGUGUCGAUCUUUUAGUGUAUGUACAACGGAAAAUCAUUCAUUUGUAUGGUCUUUUCAUUUAGAGUUUCCUCAGAUUGUCCAAUCAAAACGAUUAUGUGCCAAAUAACUAUAGUAUUUAUAAACGAAAAUCGACAAAGUGACUAAACAAACGAUACCCACUAUUUAGGAAAAAAUGCACACCAGAUAUUCAGUCAAAAAAGCACUUGCUUACGGUCUAUAAGACACUGCCUUUUUGUCCGCCAUUUUAAUAAGUUCUGUUUUAUACUGCCACGACUCGUAUGACUGACGUAAUAAUUAUAGUUAUUUCCCAGUGCAUUUGUUACAUCUACCUACUUCUUCACGAACAAUGUGUUUGCUCUGAAUAAAAUGAUAAUAAAAUAAAAGUAACUAUACGCUUCCAGUGCUCUGAAAACAAUUUCAUUAGAACAAUGGACAUUGAAAUACCCAGAUUGAUAAUUAUUAUCAUAUGCAUUAGGUAAAAUCUCUAACAUGUGUUCAUUAUAGAGCUAAUAUUGCACUCAUAUUUCUUACAAGUCUGUAAACAUCAGUAAAAUAAUUUCGAACGAAAAGUCCUCCAGUAAUGAUGUUUUAUUCUUAAAAUUGUCUAACUUACUUGUAUAUUCAUUUUUGUGUCAUA